GUAACCUGUGCCGUGCAUGAAGCACGGUGCACUGACUAACCAUCUAGUGCAUGGAAUGGGUUAACUGAGCCUGUGGGAUUGUGCUUACCUAAACAAAAUCACUGCAACGAGGGGAAAAACAAUGAAUGGGUGGAGAUGUUCAAGCCGAGGCAUUCCAGCUAGUGCAGUCGGGCUGCAAUGACAGGCUGAACGUUGCAGCAGCAUCGGGAUCUGCAUUCAAAGUGAGCAAAUCUUACAUUCUGGAGCAAGCUUGCGUGCAGGUCUUGUUUAUUUGCUGAGACAUGGCCAGUAACCAGGCCAGUCUGCAGGAUGAGCAGAGCAGGCAUUGUAAGUUCUUAUCCUAUAUGUUCUACCAGGCUGUAAGAGACCACAAACCAGUAUGGAUGCUGGAAGAUAUGAGAACUAUGGAAUAUUUUUACUGGGAGGAAAAUGCCAGCCUGAGAACAUAUUCACCUUCGGAAGCCCUUCUCUAUGCAGUGGUGCAUAAUCACCUGCCUUAUGCCCAGUAUCUGCUGUCUCAUUUUCCAGAGGAGGCUCUCAAGGUGCCUGGAGAGCAUUUCUGCUAUUGCCCAUCCUCUGCCCCUCAUUUGGCCAUGGCAGUCACAUACGACAGGAGGGACAUUUUGGGGCUGAUCAUCAAGAUUGCACACAAGCUACCCAGCCUAAACUCCUACAUCAACAGGACCGGCUGCUUUCACCUGGAAGAUGGCAAGACCCCACUGCACCUUGCCUGCGAACUGCUGAGGUCAGAGACCGUCCUCAUCCUCCUAGGGAACGGGGCUUCUCCUAGGAUCAAGGACAGCAAGGGGCUCACCCCGUUGGAUGUCAUCCUGGAGCAGAUGUGGGACUCCAAAGUCAACGUGGCAUCAAAAAAGCUCUGCCUCGAUUACCUCUUGCUCUUCAUGCCUAGUCCACAGUUUAAGAUGCGGAAAGUUCUGCAGGAUCAUCCAGACCACUGGACAGCUUUGCUAGGGGAAGACAAAUUCAACACCCUGGUGGGGAACACACCUACUUCUUUAUACCUGCAAGCUAUGCAAACUAUUCUCCAGUCUCUCCCACCUUCCCACUUUCCUAAAAGCAUCCAGGAACUACCUAUACCUCAGGCACUAAAGCCCCUACCUUCCUACAGCAAAAAGCUACAGACAAAAAAUGUGCUAAACAAGCAGGCUCCUGCUUCUGUGCUGCCAGAGAAAUUCAGUGGCCUGAGAACUCCUGCUUCUAGGUACCAUUGUACAACCACUAACAGCAAAGGGCCAGAUCCCCCGAGGACUUUUUAUGUUUUUGUCUAAAAAAAUAUUUUAAUGUCUCUAAAUGUUCAUUAGCAUUGAUGGCCAUUUGUUUUCCUCUAUCCGUUUUUGGGUUCAGUGUGAAACUGACAAAUACUGAUGUUUUACUAAUUGAACUAAAUCCAGCCACGCCUGAGUACAAAUGAAUGCUCAUCGUAUGAUACGACUUUCUUAUAGAUUAAAGCCAUACUUUGUAAUUUAGAUUUCUCUCUUUUGUUUAAUUUUAUUCCAUGUGAUUGUUUGUAUAUUACUCUCUGCACGGUAAAGAUGAAAUGAUUGCCUGUAUAGAAACUAAAAUAUUUAUAUUCUCUCUGAUAUAACUGUAUCGACUAU